AUGUUAACUGUGCGUCCAGAUCUACAAACACGUGGCUAUGGAAAAUUCAUUAUAUCAGUGGCUGAAAAUUUUGCUCGUCAUCAUUGGCAUGCACAAUUAAUUGAAAUGAGCGUCCUUGCUCGUCGAACUGAAUUAAUUGCCUAUUACAUUCGUCGUGGUUAUAAUGAUACAGGUCGACGUCAACCAUAUUCUAUGAAUGACGUUCGAUUUGGUAUUCCAAAGAAAAAUGAUUUAGAAAUUUGUAUUUUAGCAAAGUCGCUUUAA